AUGUUUUCCACAACAAGACUCAUCCAUGGCCUAUGCGCCUUGCUCACUAUCCAAUUCAGAUCGGCUUUUGCCCUGCCAGCUGCAAAUUCAGACUUCCUCGAAAAUGGUUUUACAUUGGAUGUACGGAGCCCUAGGAGCACCGAGGAUUCAAUUGCUCAAAUUCAGUCACGGGCAACGAAACCAUUUUACGCCAUAGCCCACCGAGUACUCACUGUCCAGGGUGUCAAGAACGCCUUUAGCCACGGUGCAAAUGCAGUGGAGAUCGACUUUCAGCCCUGGAGCAAGAGCGGGUGGUGGGCAGACCACGACGGGACAGAUACCAGUGCCGGCGGCACGGCACGAGAGGUCCUUCAGGCGGUCGCCGACCAGCGAAGAGUCGGCAAGCCCGUGACCUUUGUGUGGUUUGACAUUAAGAACGCCGACUGGUGCAAUGCCGACGAUCCUCAGUGGGUGCAUUGCUCCGUCACUGCCCUCCGGGACUUGGCCCGCGAGAUCCUGCAGCCGGUCGGCGUGAGGGCACUGUAUGGCUUCUACGGGACCACCUACAAGUACAACACAUACUCCCGGAUCGCCAAUAACCUUAAUAGCAAUGAGGCAGUCAACCUAGAUGGGAACCUGCCGUGGGCCCAGCAGAGCUUUGACAGCUCCGGGCCUGGUGACAACAGCCGGCGUGUCUACUCGUGGGGCAGUCCCACAAUCAAGGACGGAUUUGCCGACAGGGUUGCCAACCUAAAGGAAGCCGCUUCAUCGGGCAAUUUUGCCAAGGUGUUUUCGUGGACGACUUCGUCGGGAGACUCCGCGUAUGUCAAACAAUUAGUGGACUCGAUCAAAGUCGAUGGGAUCAUUUACGGCUACUCUGGCGCCAAUUACGACAACGGCGCAACAGUCCAGACUGCGCUCAAGGACGUUACCAACGCUGUCAACGCGGCCUCAGGGCAGUAUUAUCUUGCUACGACUGGGGACACUCCGUGGUAA